AUGGGGGACUGGGAAGAAGAGCGCAAGGAAGAACGAAGUAAAGAACUGGCAGAAGGAAGAGAAGAAGAGGAAGAGGAAGAGAAGAGCAGACCGUCAUUCGAGGCAACCAACGCCUCUGGAAGGAGCCGCACACUGUCCUGUGUAUUGUACAGUGUUAGUAGUACCCUGCAGCCUUGCGAGCGCAACGCCGGCCCACUGUACACGAUAUUAAUGUGCGACAGAUAUCCACUGCGCUCGUAUACCCUCCGCCGGCAGCUGGACGAACCCCUCGCGCAACGAGGCGUCAUUGGUCGUCCCGUACUCAGCCUGGCCGAUCCCGCCGUCUUAAGCCUGCAGAAAAGCAGGAAAGGGUUCGAAGGUCGACGAUCGAGUGACAGGACGGUUCAGACAGAUAAAGCUGAGCAGUGCAUAAGGCAAGCGGCGACCCCGUCGACAAAUAAGAGCCGGUUCAACGUCUACAACAGCAUCAGCUGA